AUGCUGCUGCUCGUGGUCUCCGUGUCCCUCACCAAUAUGUUAUUUGCUGUUGGAGUGGUUUGCGUGCCCCUGCCUGAACAGGGGCCCCCCACCUCGCACCACUGGGGCCCAGUGGUGCGGCUGCGGCACCUGUACGCCGCCCGGCCCGGGCUCCACCUGCUGAUCAGCGGGGACGGACAGGUCCACGGCUCGGAGCAGCAGACCCCACACAGCCUGCUGGAGAUCAGUCCGGUGGAACCAGGCUGUGUAGUGAUCCGAGGAGUCGCAGCCUCAAAGUAUCUCUGCAUAGAGCCUGACGGAAGGCUGUACUCAACG